GAUAAGUUACAAGACAGCCUACCGACGUGGCUUGCGAACCAUGUACAGAAGAAGGUCACAGUGUUGCCCAGGAUACUUCGAAAGUGGAGAUUUCUGUGUCCCUCUCUGCACGGAGGAAUGUGUCCACGGAAGGUGUGUUUCACCAGAUACGUGUCACUGUGAGCCAGGAUGGGGGGGUGCUGACUGCUCCAGUGGUUGUGACAGUGAACACUGGGGGCCACACUGCAGUAACCGCUGCCAAUGCCAAAACGAGGCGCUGUGUAAUCCUAUCACUGGAGCCUGCGUGUGUUCUGAAGGGUAUAGAGGAUGGCGUUGUGAAGAUUGGUGCGACCCCGGAAACUACGGGAAGGCCUGCCAGCUGAGGUGCCAGUGCCAAAAUGGAGCAACAUGUGAUCAUAGGACUGGCGAAUGCCACUGUGCUCCCGGAUACACUGGAGCUUUUUGUGAAGAACUGUGCCCACCUGGAAGCCAUGGUGCAUUGUGUGAGCUACGCUGCCCUUGCCAGAAUGGCGGUGUAUGUCACCAUGUGACUGGAGAGUGUUCCUGCCCAACAGGGUGGACGGGUUCUGUCUGUGCUCAGCCAUGUCCUUCAGGAAGAUAUGGAGUGAACUGCAGCCAUGAAUGCCAGUGUCACAAUGGAGGGCAGUGUGACCCAGUGACUGGAAGGUGCCAGUGUGCAGCAGGAUACACAGGAGAAAGGUGCCAAGAGGAAUGCCCCGUCGGCACCUAUGGUUACCAGUGUGCCGAAAGAUGUGACUGCCAGAAUGGAGCCAAGUGUUACCACAUCAAUGGUGCCUGUUUAUGCGAACCAGGUUUUAAAGGAAUCCUUUGUGAGGAGCGUGUGUGCGCCGAGGGAUUGUAUGGACUGAAGUGUAACAAGAAUUGCCCUUGUAACCUGACCAACACUCGUGGAUGCCACCCACUGUCCGGGGAGUGCACCUGCAGGGCAGGUUGGAGUGGCCUGUACUGUGAAGAACCCUGCCGGCCUGGCUUUUACGGGGAAGGCUGCCAACAGCUGUGUGCCUGUUACAAUGGAGCUGACUGUGAUGGGAUGACAGGGAGAUGCCUUUGUGCUCCAGGAUACACAGGACAGGAUUGUUCCAUGUCAUGUUCCCUUGGAACGUUUGGAACGGACUGCUCGUCAGUGUGCAACUGCAAGAAUGGUGCUGCCUGCUCUCCGGUGGAUGGGUCUUGUUUGUGCAGAGAAGGAUGGCAAGGGACAGACUGUUCUAUUCCCUGUCCCAGUGGUACCUGGGGUCUGUACUGCAAUCAGACCUGUCAUUGCUUCAAUGACGCCUCCUGCAGCCCAGUGGACGGCAGCUGCAUGUGUGCUGCAGGCUGGAUGGGAGACAUCUGUGACCAGCCGUGUCCGGAAGGGAUGUAUGGUUUGGACUGUAUGGAACAGUGUGAUUGCGGUCACGCAGAGGGAUGUGACCCUGUCACUGGGCACUGUCACUGUCUGGCAGGAUGGACAGGUAUUCACUGUGACAAUGUGUGUGCUCAAGGACGAUGGGGGCCCAACUGUUCGAUGUCAUGUCACUGUGAGAAUGGGGGUUCAUGCUCACCUGAGGAUGGGAGCUGCGAGUGUGCUCCAGGAUAUCGAGGAGCCUUGUGCCAAAGAAUUUGCUCUCCUGGAUUUUAUGGGCAUCGCUGCAGCCAAACAUGUCCCCAGUGUGUCCACGCCAAUGGACCAUGUCAUCACAUCACAGGCCAUUGUGACUGCCUACCGGGAUUUUUUGGGCCACUUUGCAAUCAAGUUUGUACUAGUGGAAGAUUUGGUCGGAGCUGCGCAGAAUUCUGCAUAUGCAGCAACAAUGCAACCUGCAACCCCAUCGAUGGCUCCUGCCAGUGCUACCCUGGCUGGAUAGGCAGUGACUGCUCUGAUGAAUGCCCCCCUGGAUUAUGGGGUCCGGACUGCAUCCACACGUGUAACUGCCACAACGAUGCGGAGUGCAGUGCGUAUGACGGCGAAUGUAAAUGUACUCCCGGCUGGACAGGGCUGUUCUGCACCCAGAGGUGCCCAUCAGCAUUUUAUGGAAAGGACUGUGCCAAUGUCUGUCAGUGCCAUAAUGGAGCCGACUGUGACCACAUCACUGGGCAGUGCACAUGUAGAACAGGAUUCACAGGCAAACACUGCGAGCAGAAAUGUCCUCCAGGGACUUUUGGAUACGGCUGCCGCCAGAUGUGCGAGUGUCUGAACAAUGCAACCUGCGACCAUGUCACCGGAACCUGCUACUGCAAUCCUGGGUUCAAGGGCAUCCGCUGUGACCAAGCUGCUCUAAUGAUGGAGGAACUGAACCCUUACACUAAAAUCAGCCCGGCGCAUGGAUCUGAAAGACACUCUGCAGGUGCCAUUAUUGGGGUGAUUGUUCUCCUCCUGAUCAUCAUGACCUUACUGGGGCUUUUCUUGUGGUACCGACAGAGGCAAAAGGACAAAGAUCACGACAUGCCGAAUGUGUCUUACACCCAAGCAAUGCGUAUCUCAAGUACUGAUUACUCUCUCUCAGGUGCCUGCACUGUGGACAGAAGGCAGAACACAUACAUAAUGGAAAAUGGCUUCAAAGAUUGUAUGAAAGAGUCAGGGUGCAGCUCCAGCACCUGCUCUCUGAGCAGCAGUGAGAACCCAUAUGCCACCAUUACAGACCCCCCCGCGCAGCACUCCAAACACUCAGAGAACAGCUACGUGGAAAUGACCUCACCUGUCCAUACAGAUGCCCCAUACUCAGAUAUACCACCCUCAUCAAAAGCUAACAAAAAUGUAUAUGACUUGGAGCCAUCACUAACCCUAAUUCAGGAUGCCCAACAUCAGAUCCCCAACUACAUGCAGAACCCGUACGACUUGCCAAGGAACAGCCACAUCCCCAGCCACUACGAUCUACUGCCAGUCCGGCACAGCCCCUCGCAUGGGACAUUUUGGGAUAAGCAGAUGGAUAAUCAAUCUUUAUAGAAAUGUGAGGACAAUGACCAAGAGCGCUCUCAUUCUGCAAUAUGCCCAUUCUGUGAAGGGCCGGCACCACUGGACACAUGCAUGAUGUCAUUAGGAGACUUUUUUUUAUACAAAUAGGAUGUAUCUAUAGGACAAGUCACUGUGUGUAUAUAUGUGUAUAUGUGUGUGUAUACACUGUGUAUGGCCAGAUACCACUCAUCCUCCUAUAAGGUACACAUGUGAACAGGGACUAGUCCAGGCGAUGAGUCAGCUUUGGAAAUUGCAGUUUACACACAAUGACGGAUAAUAUAUGUAAAUACAUGUAUAUAGAGCAGCUUUCUCUAAAGAAAUGUAUAUAUGUCAUACUCAGACAAGAAAUGAUCUGUAGAAGGCAAUGAUGAAUGCGAUAAUGGAUUGCUGGGAAAUACAACUUGGUAUUACUUAUUUAUCAACAGGAGCCAUUUUCUUGUGUCAUCCCAAGUACAGGAUGGGGUUGUCCAGCUUUUAAAUGGUGGGUUCCUCCUCCUUCAGCAACCUCUGGAAUUAUUGGGGUUCACGUGUGCCGCCGUAGCCAAUGACUGGAUCACAUGCUGCUUGGAGGACAUGUCACCGCUUCGGCCAGUCAGUGGCUGCUGCGUCAAACAUGACCACCAUCCGUUGACAUGCAAGGACCAGAGCUUGGUUAACCGAAGAAGCUGGAUCUGAGCGACGGGCAGCAAGUAAGUAAGCUCCAGAAAGAAGGGGGACUACCUAAAGGUGUUUAAAAGCUGGACAACCCCUUUAAUGGACUAUGUAUAGGUAGGUUAUAGUUGAAGGUCUGUAUAUUGCAGCCAUAGAUGCCCUAUUGCUUACUGAUAACCUCAUGAUCAUCUAAUGAUAGUUCAAUUUUUUAUGGCCUCUCUCAAUUCCAUGUAUUGCAGCCCUCUCCUGUAUGGCCAGGACCUAUAGCUCUGUCCAUCCUGAUUCUAGUAUAGAAUGCAAAAAAACUACUGCUUGAGGGAACAGCAGAUUUUGAUGGGAUUCAGGAUGCGUGGAUAGUGACAAUCCCUAUGGGUACUGUAAUGGCUGCCAUUAAUUGCUGUCACUUUUGGAAGUACAGCAUCUGUUAGACCAAGAUAACUUAGAAUGGCUGAAUUCAAUAUUCAAGACGCUACAUGAGACGAAUACUCGGGGACUUAUAUUUUCAGGGUUUUAGUGGAAAAUGCACUUUAAAUAAUCAUGGGAAAGGUAUAUGCAGAAGACUUUAUCCUGGGAGAAUUGGUCCAUACGUUUUCAGUCCUCUUCUGGUCAGGGGCUAUUAAUCUCUAAC